GACUUCAUCGCAAUAUUCAUGUGGAAGUGCUCCAAAGCUGAGGCACUGGCGACGAAAAUUACCCAACUCUUUACGACUUUACUCGCCGACGGGGAGAAAAUUCAGCGGUAACUGCAGCCAAAGCAAGAAGGCAUCCACUACGAUACAAUUCCCUUUUUCGGUUGGCAGGCCCGCCUUUCUCCAAACCCUUCGCUUUUUUAACUUCCGUCCUUCGCUUUCAGGCAUUUCACCUUUCUCUCGCUUUCUAGUCCCAGCCAAGCUUAACCCGUUUUCUUUCCAACACUUUCUCGCCUUGUAAAAUUAGUCUUCGCCCAAACACCUGUCAUAUCAUUCUCUAGUUGUUUCUGUUAAUCUGUUGUUCAAAUUCAAAUGCUUGUUAGCUGACCUGAGAGCAAAUAAAGUUGGAGUUGGAAAAACGAUGGACAACGAAAUCGUGGGUGAUGGAACUCUCAUGGAUGGAGUUAUAAAAAACGGUGUGUGCUCCUCGGAGUCGUUAAAUGGAAGCUGCGAUGUAUGGAGUUGUAAGGAUUCUGAUUCUUCUUCAGCUGAUCAUCUCGUUAUCAUGGUCCACGGUAUAUUUGGAAGUGCCUCAGAUUGGAAAUUUGCAGCUGAGCAGUUCGUCAAAAUGCUUCCUGACAAAGUGAUAGUUCAUUGUAGUGAGCGAAAUAUGUCUAUGCUGACUCUUGAUGGCGUGGAUGUGAUGGGUGAACGGUUGGCUUUGGAGGUCCUUGAAGUGAUCCAGAGAAAGCCAAAUUUACGUAAGAUUUCUUUUGUUGCACAUUCUGUGGGAGGACUGGUGGCAAGAUAUGCAAUAGGGAUAUUGUAUAGACCACCCCAGAGAGAAAAUGUAGAGGAUUCAGUAGCUGAGACAGGUGACAAGGAUGUAAAGGCUACAAUAGGUGGCUUGGAGGCUAUCAACUUCAUCACUGUUGCUACGCCUCACCUAGGUUCAAGGGGGAAUAAGCAGAUUACUAUGCUCAUAUUACUUCAUAGCUUGGAAUUUUAUUUUACACCUGCUCUAAGCUGUGAUGAAUUCAAGCUGAUAUGCAACUGGAAGAAUGAGAAAACAAAACCCUAUUAUGCGCCGCCAUAUGGCUCUGGAGCAUGCAUUAAUGUGGUACCUUUUCUUUUUGGUUUAACUGCCAUUGAGAAAACUGCUGUACGUGUUAUUCAUUGGAUACUUAAGAGAACGGGUCAACACCUUUUUCUCGCUGAUGACGAUGAGGGGAAACCUCCAUUGCUCAAACGCAUGAUACAAGAUUAUUGUAAUUGCUUUUUCAUGUCUGCUUUGCGUAUAUUCAAACGGCGUGUUGUGUAUUCAAAUGUGGGCUAUGACCGCAUUGUGGGCUGGAGAACAUCAUCUAUAAGGCGUGACAAUGAAUUACCAGAGUGGGAGAAUCAUGUCAAUGAGAAAUAUCCACAUAUUGUAUAUGAAGAACGCUGCAAAGCUGACAAUGCUGAGCAAUGUGAUCUUAUUAUAUCAACAGAAGAUAAUAGCUCUGACAAGCUUGAAGAGGAACUAGUGACAGGCCUAUCCCGUGUGUCCUGGGAAAAAGUAGAUGUUAGCUUCCACACCAGCAGACGGAAAUUUGCUGCUCAUAGCGUCAUUCAGGUGAAAGAUCAUGUCAUGCAUAUAGAAGGUGCAGAUGUUAUACAGCAUAUGAUUGAUCAUUUUCUUCUCUAGAAUCCAAUCCCUGUUAGAUUUGACUCAUUUAUUACCGGAGGAUGCCAGAUCUUAUAUAUCAAGGUUGAAGUUUGUCAACUUUUUUGGUGAUGGCAAACACGGCAAGAAGAGUGCCUGAAUCAGAAUUCAGGGGAAGUUUUAUUUAUUCAUUACUUCUUGUGAAUUCCGCGAUAAUUGCUGUGUACUUUGAUUUUUGUUAAUUAGUAUUAGCGCAUGCAAGUACAAGAACUGUUCUACUUUAGGUUAAUUUAGAACCUCUUUUUCAGAUUAAAUACACAUUCAUAAUAUG